AUGGAUAAGAGAGUGUGUAGAAAUUUUUUUGCUAUAAGGAAAUCGAUUUCCGAUCAAUUGGACAAUAAUGGAAAUUAUAAACUUAUUAUUGAAAAUAAUUUAAAAGGGUAUUGUAGUGGUAAUAGGUGUGUUAAUGAGCUCGAAAAAAUUAAUGCUGGAUGUUUAUAUUUGCUUGAUGCAUUUUUUAAGGAUGCUUCUGCGUUUAAUUAUCAUAAUAACAUCAAUAUUGUUGAAUACAUUAUAAUAUGGUUAAGUUAUAUGUUAAACCUAAAGAAACAAGUAGAAAAUAAGACCCAUCUACAAUAUUUUUAUGAGACAUAUAUAAAUAAUAAUGAGUAUAAAAGGUCUAUAAAAGGUGUUACGGAGUAUAAUAGUUAUAAGAAUCUUAUAGAUAAAAAAAUUGAUUUGAUAAAUAUGGAUAUGAAAAUUAUAUCUAAAUUUUAUGAUGCAUUUAGUACAUUAUGUAAUAUGUAUGUUGAAAUUAAUGAAGAUAAUCCAAAUUGCGAGCAUUAUUUAAAUAAAGCUAAUGAAUUUGUUGGGAAAUAUAAAAAACUUAUGGAAGAUUCUAAUAUUACCAAAAACAGUUCAUGUCGUCAAAUUUUGGUUAAUUUAUCAAAUGAUUAUGAUAAUUUUAAAAAGAAAUGUAAUGAUAUUAAAUGCUCCAAUUCUUCAUCCUUCCCAACGAUAGAAAAAACAGCAAAUUUUGUAGAAACUAUUGAACAAUAUUCUGGACAAACCGGACAAAUUUAUACUCAUAUUUCUGAAGAUGCAUCAUCAAGUUCAUCGAUAACAAGCAAAUUAUUUAUAGUUUUGUCAAUAUUUGGUGCAAUAGCAUUUUUUUUAGGAAUUUCUUAUAAGUAUUCGUUAUUUGGAUUUCGGAAACGAGUUCAAAAACAAAAAUUAAGAGAAAAAAUAAAAAAUAUAAAGAAGAGAAUAAAUCAUUAA